UAUGUUUCUAUUUGUAUGUUGGGUGUCAAAAAAGUCAGAAAGUUUGUCGAUACGCUAAUUUAACUGGUUUGCUGCACAAGAAUUAAAAGGAAAAUACAGUGAAUUAUUUUUUAUUUUCGUUCACAUUUAAAUUGAAUCUCAUUCACGGCAUACACAAUAAAAUAAACAUGAUUCGCUUUAUUUUGAUACAAAAUCGUGCGGGCAAAACACGAUUGGCCAAAUGGUACAUGAAUUUUGAUGACGAUGAAAAACAAAAAUUGAUUGAAGAAGUGCACGCUGUUGUCACCGUUCGUGAUGCAAAACACACGAAUUUUGUUGAGUUCCGUAACUUCAAAAUCGUGUAUCGACGUUAUGCUGGACUGUACUUUUGCAUAUGUGUUGAUGUAAACGAUAAUAAUCUGUGUUACCUAGAAGCCAUCCACAAUUUUGUCGAGGUGCUCAACGAAUAUUUCCACAAUGUUUGUGAAUUGGAUCUCGUGUUCAACUUUUACAAAGUGUACACCGUUGUCGAUGAGAUGUUCUUAGCCGGAGAAAUUCGCGAAACAUCACAAACAAAAGUAUUAAAACAGCUGCUCACGCUCAACUCGCUAGAGUAAAAAAAAAAUUAUGAAACUAACACUAUCUACCUAUAUAUAUAAAUAUAUAAUAUAUUCAUUUGAUGUAUAAGGAAGAAUUCAUUUGCAAAAUUUGCAUAAAAUCCGCACAUAAGUUAAAUAGAUGAAUUUAUCUCAAAAUGAAAAAAAAAAUAUAUAUAAUAAUAAUAUGGAAUGUUCAAUAUUCGCUAAACAAGUAAAGUAUGUAGAUGAAAACUGUUUCCCGCAUAUCUAAAUGCGAAUAAAAUGCUCUUGGUUCUAUUUUUUUUUAAGUUUGAACAAAAAAAAAAUGAUAAAAUUUAUCCGAACUCUCAAUGUAAAGCUUUGUUAUCAACAAAUAUCAUGUAGAGAAUGUGGGCGGUUUUCCCUCCCAAGUUCAAGCAAUGAUCGGAGAUUUUCGACUGAAAAUGAAUUAAACACACUAAGAUAUGUAAAAAAAGUAAAAUGUUUAUCAGUCAAAUAUACAAUUUUUGGUUUGCAUUUUUUCGGUUGAAUUUUUUCUUCAACGUUUUCGUUUAUUUUAUUCUUUGUAUUCCCUAUUUUACUGUAUACAGUAAUCAUUAUGCGAUUUGCAAUAAAAAAAAUCGAACGAUAAAUUAUUUAAAGUCGUGUAAUGCACAUCAAACAUUUACAAAGGAAAAAUAUGCUUUGUUUCGACAAUGAAGAAAACAAACUUGUACAUGAACUAAUAAAAUGUGCAUUUAAAUUGAA